CAGUUGGAAGUUGGAACCGAGGAAGAGAGAGAGCUUGCGCUUUACGGAUUUCCGCGGCUUCCGAUCCGUAUACCUAGAGCUUCUACUCCCUCAAGGAGAUUAUUAGCAAACCCAAACCUCUAUUAGCGUCUCCCAAUUAAUGGUUUCUCUAUAAUUAACCUUUCUUAGGGUUAUAUAAUUCCCUUUAAUUCUAAUACCCGCGGCUAUCAUCUUUGUUGCUAUUCAUCUCCUCACCAAUGGAAUCCAAUCUCGUUAUCAAGGUUAAGUACGGCGAUACUCUAAGGCGUUUCUCUGCUCGUGUAGAUGACGGCGAAGAGCUGGGUCUUGAUAUGGCUGGACUCAGGGCAAAAAUCAAGGGCCUUUUUUAUUUUCCUGUUGAUACUGAAUUUAGCCUGACGUAUAUCGAUGAAGAUGGGGAUGUUAUUACUCUUGUGGAUGAUGAUGAUCUGCUUGACGCAAUGCGGCAGCGCCUCAAAUUCUUGAGGAUUAAUGUGAAGCGGGAUAAUGAUAAGCUCUGUAAACCAUAUGGUGCAUUGAGCCGGAUUUCUACCUUGAGAUCCCCACCUUUUCAGCCUCCAUCAGAGGGGAUUAAUGCUGGUGCUGCUGAUGUUCUGAAAACUUUACCGGAGCCUCUGCGUGGGGCUAUUAGUGAUGCUUUCUCAAAGCUCUCCCUUGAUGCUGCUUUGAAAGCGGCAUCUGCUAGGCCGGUGUUGGGUGACAUUGUGGAGUGCUUGUCUAAGAUGGGACAAUCCUACCUGAGUCCGGUUUCGAAGCCUGGAGCUGCUUCUGAUUCGAGCAUUCCUGUUGUGUCUUCUGGGAGCCCUCGUACCUCAUCGGUUGCACCUGACCCGGAUGGUGGCUUACAAGCAGUUUUACCAAAACCUACAGACGUUGAUUCAAUUUGCAAGGCUAACGAGGAUGCACCCGCUAUAUCUGAUCCUGAACACGUAUCUUCUCAACAUUCUCCUUCGAGCAUUUUUGCUUGUGAUGAUCAGAAAAACACAAAGGAGAGCAUGGGUCGUAAGAAGGGGAAGAAUGUUAGCUUCAAUACAUCAGCUCCCUUUAUUGAUGCUACAAAGAAAUAUGAUCCCACCAACAUGAUGGGUAGUGAUGCUUCAAAUGAAUGCCCCUCCGGUGGAGUGCCGGUAACAAGUGACCCUGUUGUGCUUCCUCCCUUUAGUCAUAGUAAAAGUAUCUUCGCUUCGACUGAUGGAAAUGACAUGCUGGGUAUAUUCCACAAGGGAAUUCAGUGCGAUGGUUGUGGGGUUCUUCCCAUUACCGGACCUCGGUUCAAGUCCAAAGUAAAAGAUGAUUACGAUCUUUGCAGCAUCUGCUUUUCCAAAAGGGGAAAUGAAGCUGAUUACAUCAGAAUGAACAGGCCUGUGUAUUCCUCUACUCCAUGGUUUCCCAGGGCAUGGAACGAUCAUAUUCCAGGCGCACUCCCGCUUGUCUCGAGGAAUCAUGUUGAGCCUAUGCUGGAAAGCUGCUUCAUCUCAGACAUCAGUAUAAUAGAUGGGACUGUAAUGCUUCCAUCUACUCCAUUCACAAAGAUCUGGCGGAUGCGCAAUAAUGGUACUACACCUUGGUUUCAAGGGUUGCAACUUAUCUGGAUUGGGGGAGACCAAUUAAGAAAUACAACUUCAGUUGAUUUAGAGAUUCCUGCUGAUGGUGCUCCUGUCAAUGGGGAACUUGAUAUUGCCGUUGAUUUUACCGCACCGCCAGUUCCUGGCCGAUAUGUUUCUUACUGGAGGAUGGCAUCACAAGCUGGAGUAAAAUUCGGGCAAUAUAUUUGGGUUCUCAUCCUUGUUGACGCCUCUCCGAACGAUACGAGUAGUGAUGACUUUCAGGGCUUGAACUUGAAUUUGCCUCCCCAAACUACCAGCCCGAAAGACACUGAGAUUUGCAACUCUAAUGCAGACACCGCACCGGUGAAGCCCCUGACAAAUGAACAAUCAACAACAGAGAAGACAUCGAACUACAGCAGCGAUGUCCCCACCCCUAUUUCGCCACCCACAAUAUCUUCAUCCGUGGCAUAUCCCUUUAUCCCUAAAGGCUUCCCGGUCCCUACAUCACCCGAUACUCAAUCUUUGUCGGCUUAUCCCAUCAUCGAUCUCUCAGAAACAGCUACUGCCGGAGGAGCAAUAGCCUCUCAAGAGCCAUCCCCUCUCACACCAUCCGAAGACGAAAGUGAAAACGCCAUCGAGCAAACUCUACUGAAGGAGCUUGAAGAUAUGGGAUUCAAGGAGGUUAAUCUGAACAAAGAGAUCUUGAGGAUGAACAAAUACAAUUUGGAGAAGUCUAUCGAUGAUCUUUGUGGAGCAUCUGAAUGGGAUCCCAUGCAGGAGGAGCUGCAGGAAAUGGGCUUCUGUGAUAAGCGCGUGAACAAAAUGCUGCUGAAGAAGCACAAUGGGAGCAUCAGGGGAGUUGUGGUGGAUCUUCUAAACGGAGAAACAGCUUAAAUGAGCGGAUGAUGACUGCCUGAUUCUUUCCAUUGAUGGAUAGGCUUGUCAAUAUGAUAUUAUGUAAUCUGAUAUAAAUAAAUAAUGUGUUUUCGAGGAGGUGUUUUAAGCUCUGGUGAUUGGAACUUAUGAUGUCCAGAACUCUGUAUACAAAAAAAAAAGAGUA